GUUUUAUAUAAACGCAUGAUAUCAAUUGAGUUUUUUAUUUCACCACGUCACGAUCCAUAAUAUAAUCAUCAUGGAAGGAAAUUAUUUUAUUUUUUCUAUCUCUAUUGCCGUAUUAAUUGUCUUAAUCUCUUCAAUAAUAUUUCUAUUUCGCCGAAAAAAUUCUCGACAAUCGAUAUUGCUGAUUGGUCUUUCCGAAUCUGGCAAAACAACAUUGUUCACACAACUUGCAUACAAUUCUUUUGUUUCAACAGUAACAUCGAUAAAAGAGAACGAAGCAUCCAUUACAUUAAAAAACAAUAAAACAUUAGUCUUGUUCGAUCUUCCAGGAUUCGAUCGUUUGCGAAGUCAAUAUUGGGAAAAAUUUAAAUUUCGUGCCAAAGGAAUUAUUUUUGUUAUUGAUAGUUUGAACUUUAUGUCCAAUGUUCAUAAUGUCGCCGAUUUAUUGUACCAAUAUCUUUGUGAUAGUUUUGUCGUUUCCAAUCGGAUACCGGUAUUAAUUGCCUGUACAAAACAAGAUGAAACUCGUGCAAAAUCUGCUAAAGUUAUUUCAUCUAUGUUGGAAAAAGAAUUCAAUAUCAUAAGAGAAACUCGUAUUGGAGCUUUGGGCACUACAUCCGGUGAUGAAAGCAGUAUUCAAAUAUUGGGUGACCCGGAAAGUCUAUUUAAAUUCAGUGAUCUACGAAAUUCGAUUGAUUUCGCUGAUUGUAGCUGUGUGAAAGAGCAGAAAAAUCUUGACAACGUUUUUUCUUGGAUAAAUUCAAUCGCUUGAUUUUUUUAUUCUCAAUUUUAAAUUUAUAUUCAUUCAUGAAUAUUUUCUGU